AUGCAUAUACAUAGUCAGGGCAAAUCCACUGUAACCGCCCUUUACGAACUAGUCGCCUACAUAAAGGGUUCCCAUGCUAUCAAGGAAAACGCAAUGGUAGCAUUUCUUUACAUUGAGGGUGUUUUCAAUAAAAUUGCAGCAAAUAUUCCCUUGGAUGUAAUCUAUCGAAGACAAAUCGAAAUGCUGGUUGAGAAAAUGAAGAUAAUCAGUUUAAUGUACAAAUUCGACAACUUGAUAUUCUAUCGUACACCAGAUGCAGUCUAUGAACCACCAUUGGAUACGACCAAGCUAUUGGCUGAUAAUUCCAUGCUUCACAAUCGUGUGGGAGAUAUUUUGAGUGCCUGUAUAUUUGCUGGGGGCUUUAACCUACCCAUUAUGACCUUCUCCAUAUCACCUUGGGACUAUGUGAAUGAUACCCAAAGCAUACCGAAUCUGGGUAAAAUGUUGACUAAUCGUAAUUUGGCUGCGGUCAUACUGAAUGACAUUUUCAAUACGGAAGUCAAAGAGUUUGUGUCCAAUUCGUUGGGCGCCAGUUUGGAAACGAAACUUAUAUUUCUCCUAAUAGGCCAUGAGCUAACAGAAGUUCCCUCUUUUGUACGUUUGGAAAAAUUGAAACGCUUUUUUCGCUGGUGUUGGUCGAAGAAUAUUCUGAAUGUUGUCUUGCUGUUCCAGCAACAACAUGUACAGGGAGAUGAUGUGAAGUUUUUGCAUAUGGAGAUUUACACCUACACCCCCUUUCCGCAGCCCAUUACAUUAUUGGCCAUGACCUCAAGAAAUCCUUGGCAGUAUUAUGUAGAUCGAACUUUGGAUGUGCAAGGCUAUGAAUUUAAGACACCAGUUUUUCACGAUAAGCCCAGUGUAUUUAAGGCUAAAAACUCUUACGAUGGCUCUGAACAAGUAACUGGCAUUUCUGGCCACAUCUAUACGGCAUUUGUUGACAAAAUCAAUGCAAAAUUCACCGAAGUGGAGACUAGCGAAGACAACCACAUGGCCAUGAUGGAAUUUGAGAAUAGUUUAUUGGUGGCCCGUAACAUCGAUAUAGGCAUACACCCUUUUUCCUAUUUACUACCCAACAAAUAUCACGGCAGUUAUCCCAUAACCAACACCAAUAGCUGUGUGCUAGUGCCAGUGAUCCACGAGAUCUUUACGGGUCUCUAUAUCCCCUUGACCCUUAAUCUCAAUAUGUGGAUUUUAUUGUUGCUGAUGUUUGUGUUAUUUCAGUUGGGCUAUUUCCUCAUCGAUGUCUUCCACUAUGGCCGAUGGGAUGCUUGGUCUAGCAUCUCUAGUACCCUACGUGGAAUUCUUAAUAUGUCCUUGGGUGAAUUGCUGGACAACCCACGCCUGCCAUCGAAGCGCAAGAUUUUGGUCCACAUGCUGGUCAUAGUUUGGGGCAUGCUAAUCAGUCAACUUCACAUAGCCGCCUUGACCUCGUUGCUGAGUGCCACCAUAUAUGGCAAACAGUUGGACACCUUAGAUGAUCUGCGCUCUGCCAAUGUCAGCAUUAUGCUGCUGGACUAUAUGUUCCACAUCUACAACUACAUGGAUCUAAUACCCAUGAGUUUCCAAUCAAACCUCAUGAUAACCGAUGUUGAUACUGUAUCGCAGCAUUUGAACUCCUUGAACACCUCAUACGCCUAUGUCAUCUACAACGAGGAGUGGAAAGUUUUGGAGCGCUUGCAAAUGAAUUUGUGGAAACCUCGCUUUAGAAUAGCCGAGAAAUUGUGCAUACCCAAUAUCUACCUGUCGUGGCCCAUGCAAUUCAAUUCCCCCUUCUAUCAUCCCUUGAAAGAUUUCAUUUUAAGAAUACGCGAAACUGGCUUGAAUCUCAAAUGGACCGAUACCAUUUUAACCUAUAUACGCAAGACCAGUGUUGCCAAUGUCACCACAUUGGAAAAUCUCGAACGCCCCGUGCCCUUGACUUUUAGCCAUUUAACAGUAAUGUGGUCUGUGUGGUUCUUUGGCAUGUCUUUUGCGCUGGUGGCAUUUCUUUGCGAGUUGCAUAUGGAAAAGCGAACAAAGUGUAGAGAAAAGAAACGUCUGCAGAAAAAGUUGAAAAAAUAA